CCCUCCUCCUUCCCUCCUCCUCCUCCUCCUCCUUCUUACUCCCUCCUUCUCCCAGAGGAACCCCGCCCCCUGCCCCCUCCUUUCCCCACGACCUCCACUUUCCAGGGCGAACACGCGCAGGGCACGACGGAAAUCGUAGUCCUGCGGACGCCGGUGAUACCGUGGGAACAAUGGGACGCUGGGGCCAGCGGGGACUACAAACAAGAUGGCGGAGGGCGUGCCAAGCCUGGAGCCGAGGAUGCCGGGAGUUAUAGUCCGGUUGCCCCGAGGCUCCCCGUUGCAGAGGAUAGAGAAGGAGCGGGAACGAUGACUACAAACAAGAUGGCCUUCUCCCCCGACCCGACCUCCUUCCCAGGCACUCACACGCCCUCCGGUCCACAACCCUCCGCGUGUGUGGUACCUGACGGGAGUCGCAGUCCAUCUGCUGCCUUCCCGCUGCCAUUUCUACUCGUCAGGAACAAUGGAAAGGUGAAAAGGAAUGAGGACUACAAACAAGAUGGCGGAAGAGGGGCGUACACCUGACUAGCAAUCGGUCUUAUGAGUUCACAGUUCUGAGGGGACAACCCAGAUCUGGUCCCAAGUUGGGGGGCAGGAGUCUAGGAUCUGUUCUGGCCUUGCUGUGUGACUCCAGCCCCCCUCUGCCUGCUGACCCUACUGCUGCUACCCCUCAGUCUUGGGGCUCCCAUCUCGCCAGCUGAGCCCAUCAGUCAAGCCUACAGCCUGGCCCUCUACAUGCAGAAGAAUACAUCAACACUGCUGCAGACUUACCUCCAGUACCAGGGCAGCCCCUUUAGCGACCCUGGUUUCUCAGCCCCUGAGCUUCAGCUCAGCAGCCUGCCUCCUGCCGCUGUCUCCUUCAAGACCUGGCAUGCCCUGGAUGAUGGGGAGCGGCUGGGCCAUGCCCAGGGGGCCUUCCUGGCCUUGACCCAGCACCUCCAGCUCGUAGGGGAUGACCAGAGAGACCUGAACCCUGGCAGUCCUAUCCUGCUGGCUCAGCUCGGCGCCGCAAGACUCAGGGCCCAAGGCCUGUUGGGCAACAUGGCUGCAAUCAUGACUGCUCUGGGACUGCCCAUCCACCCGGAAGAGGACACUCUCGGUGUUGUUGCGUUUGGGGCUUCAGCCUUUGAGAGGAAAUGUCGAGGCUAUGUAGUGACCCGGGAAUAUGGCCACUGGACAGACCGAGCUGUGAGGGACUUGGCUCUGCUCAAGGCCAAAUACCCUGGAUAGACGAGGCAGGACUUCCUGCCAGAAGCUGCAACACUUCUUUCCCAAUGGACUCUUUCCUGCCUUGCUUCUUCGCUAAAGGAGACACAUCUUGUCUAGCAGACAGGGCUUGUUUAUUUGGGAAUAUUUCCUAGGAACCAGGCCUCAAGUCCCUGUUGCCUGGGUCUUUCCUGCCUAGGUCCUAUGACCUCCCUUCCAGAUCUGGGUGGGACUCUAUGGGUAUCAUUUUGUGGAUUCUUUCAAUCCAGUGGUCCUGGUUGCCCCCAUCAUGGGUAGAAAGAAUGCCAGGGCUCUCCCUGAGACCUUCCUUUUCCUGUAAUUUUGAGGAGGUCCAGGGGCUGCCUUUUUGUUUCUACCUCAUUUUCUGUAUGAAGCUAUGGGCUUUCUGAGCAGAUAGGUCUCCCCUUCUUGCUGGAGUUCAUUGCCUCCCCUAGUCUACUUUCCUGACUAUAGCCACUGUUCCAACUUUCCAUCUUGAGGGACUUCACUUCCCAAUCAAUGGAAGUCCAAAUGAAAAAGUACUCAUAUAGAUGUUUCCAGCUCAGGACACAUCUACUUCCUG